GCCGCUGCGCCGCUCGGCAGCUGCAGCCUCCCAGUGAGAGAGUGAACCUGCCCGGGCUGAACGAGCAGGACGUGUGCGGCGGUAAUGGCUGCCAGGGAGAGGGAGGGAGACAACAAACGAAGCCCCGACAAGCGAGCCUAAGUGAGGACUAGGAUGGUAAGCAGCCAGCCGAAGUACGAGCUGAUCCAGGAGGUGGGGCGUGGCAGUUACGGCGUGGUCUAUGAAGCAGUAGUGAAGCGCACAGGGGCCCGAGUAGCGGUGAAGAAGAUCCGCUGUCACUCUCCAGAGAAUGUAGAGCUGGCUCUGCGGGAGUUUUGGGCCCUAAGCAGCAUCCAAAGCCAGCACCCCAAUGUCAUCCACCUCGAGGAGUGUAUCCUGCAGCGGGACCAUCUGGCCCAGAGGAUGAACCAUGGUUCCAGCUCCCCGCUCUACCUGGAGCUGGUGGAGACGUCUCUUAAAGGCGAGAUCACCUUUGACCCGUGCUGUGCCUACUACUUGUGGUUCGUCAUGGACUUCUGUGAUGGGGGAGACAUGAACGCCUACAUUCUAUCUCGCAAGCCCAGUCGCAAGACCAACACCAGCUUCAUGCUACAGCUGGGCAGUGCCCUGGCCUUCCUGCACCGCAACCAGAUCAUACACCGCGACCUCAAACCGGACAACAUCCUCAUCUCCCAAGCCUUCACACCGGCCGGGGCGUCUGAGCCCACCCUCAAAGUGGCCGACUUUGGCCUGAGCAAAGUCUGUUCCACCUCCGGGCUCAACCCAGAGGAACCAGCCAGUGUCAACAAGUGCUUCCUGUCAACAGCUUGUGGAACAGACUUCUACAUGGCCCCGGAGGUCUGGGAAGGCCACUACACCGCCAAGGCGGAUAUCUUUGCCCUGGGGGUGAUUAUCUGGGCCAUGGUGGAGCGCAUCACCUUUGUGGAUGUGGAGACCCAGAAGGAGCUGCUAGGGAGCUAUGUGCUGCAGGGCACAGAGAUUAUACCCUUAGGGGAAGCCCUGUUGGAGAACCCAAAGAUGGAGCUGCUGAUCCCCGCCAGGAAAAAGAGCAUGAACAGCCACAUGAAGCAGCUGAUCAGGGAGAUGCUGUCGGCCAACCCUCAGGAACGGCCCGACGCCUUUGAGCUGGAGCUCAGACUGGUCCGUAUUGCCUGCAGAGAACUGGACUGGGACACGUGAUGGACCACAUACUCAGUCGAUCAAGCACAUGUACACAUCUCAUCAUGUACUCUUAUCUUAUAUGGUCUUUUUUUUUUUUACUAGAGAAUAAUAACUAGAAAAGUCAUUGUUUGCAUCGUGGCUGAAACCUCAUCCACUUUCCAAGAGCAUUCAGUCCUCUGCUAGCUUUGUCUUUAUAAUGAAGAGGAGAUGUGUGACACCAACCACUGCUGCUGCCGCUGCUGCUCCUCAAACUGCAGCUUAGUCUCAGGCUAAUCCCACCACAGCUUCCACUUCGUCCUAACAGAUCCACUCAAGCAUGAUGAAGGAGGCGAAUGACCCCAAAAGUCCUUGAUUCAUUUAGAAUUGAAAGUAAAACCGAUUGUCUACAGAUACCACCUUGGACUCGGUGCUAAUUGUUACCAAAUGCAAUAUGAGACAUAACCCUGUGAUUUUUAAAGUGUACAUUUAUCCAAAAACCCAGUCACCUCAGUAUGUAGAAUGUUGUGAAGCUGUGUGUGGCUUUAACAGAACCAGACUUACAAACUGUUUUCUGCCUGGACAUCACCACCAGCACUAAUAUGUACAUCGAGAUUUGAUCCUGUUUUGGCAUCAAAUGCAGAUAUGCACUGAAUGCUCAGGUAAAAAAAACAAACAGUGUGGUGGUAUUUGUAGACAAAUAUCUUCUGACAAGGUUGGACUUAGGGGGUACAAAAGCCUAACUUUGGUGCUGGAAGAUAACAAUUUGUUUCCGUUGGUUGUGCGGGUGGAGGACGGUUUAUCAGUUAGUAACCAGCCUGCAGGUUCUUGUUUUGGUGGGGUUUUUUCUUUCUCCCCAUUGCAAAUUUCAAGAUAAAUGGAUUGGUACACACCCCUAACUAGAGAAUGUUAAAUGAUCGUGACAGGCAACCUUUAUUUGUAUAGAGCCUUAAACACCCAACAUAAUGACGCUUCACACAGUUGGUGAUGAUGAGAGCUCAGAGGAUGAAUCUGGUUUGUCACAACCUAAUUUUUGAGCUAUGGCCAAUAAUCCUAUUGAUAAUAACAAUGUUUUCUCAAAGUUAACUGACCCCUCACUUUAAGUUAUUGCUGCUGCACCUCUUGAUGUUAAUGUUUUACAGAUGGAGAACCCACGAUUUAGCCUUUACAAUACUUAUUCUGUACAAAAUAAUCAAACAAAGUUAAGCUGCAGAUACAAGUUUCAUUUGUUUAGUUAGCCCAAAUGCCCAAAUUCUCCAGUUCCAUCUUCUUCAAUGUGAAUAUUGUCUGGUUUCCUGAGUCUGUUUUGAUAACAAAUUGAAUAUAUUUGGGUUUUGGACUCAAAGAAAACUGGUCAAAGAAAACAAGACAUUUGAAUACAUCCCUUUAGACUCUGGGGAACCAAAAAAAGCCUGUUGUUGACCUUUUACACUAAUCUUCAUUAUGGAUUCAUCAAUAAUAACUAGAAGAGUUAAUAAAAAAUGUAUUAAUGUUUUAUUUAUAAUCAAAAAUAAUCUUAACCUUUAGUAAAAUAAAGAUACUGCCAUUCAGCUGUAAGACAGCUGAAGUUUUGCUAGAUUGUAAGAAUUGAAGUUUUUCAUAAUCUACUGAAGCAUGUACAUGGACACAUCAUCAGUAGGACACCUUAGUCCAGGCUACCUGUGUUGACACGUUUCACGUCAACUUCUUUAAAUUCACUAAAACAACUCUGAAACAGUAGCCUCUGUGUUACACAGACUCUCACACUGUGAAUGUAUCAGUUGUGAACGAGGCUUAUUCUAAUGUACUAAUGUAGCCCCACAUAGUAAUAUACUGAGCAAAUGGUGAUGGCCAUUGCAAACAAUCUCAGGCUGUAAAUGCUGAGGUAUGUGGCAUUGAUCCAUGUCACACACCUAUACAUGGUAAUCACCUACUGCGUGACUCUCUUUAGUUACUGGAAGAGAAAACAAAGGCGUCACCCACAAUGUCUGUUGUAAACAUCCACCACAGGUAACAGAAUAAACUCCUGGCUCAGCUUUGGCCUAUCAUAAUA